UCUCUUCGCAUUUGUUUCGCCGUUACAAAGUCCUACCACUACUCCACACUUUCUUAUAAGUUAUAACAAUCAACCCACUCUCAGAUUACGCUCUGUUGAAUGAAAAGCUAAGGAAUAUGAGAAGGCCAUGGAAGCAUUCUAAGAACAAACAUGAUCUCUUUGAAUGUCUUCCGGACGAUCUCGUUGUUCUUAUUCUUUCCAAGCUCAGCGCCACCGCUUCAUCUCCUUCCGAUUUCAUCAACAUCAUCUUAACAUGCAAGAGGCUAAACCGCUCAGGCCUGCACCGUCUUGUGUUGUCUAAAGCUGGGCCCAAAGUAUUCGCCAUAAAGCCGAAAAAUUGGUCAGAAUAUGCUCACUCUUUUCUCAAACACUGCGUCAAUGCCGGUAACGUGGAUGCCUGUUACACUCUCGGAAUGAUCCGAUUUUACUGUUUGAAAAACCGAGGGAGCGGGCUCUCGUUAAUGGCGAAGGCGGCUAUGAAGCUGCACGCGCCGGCGCUGUACUCGCUGGCAGUGAUUCAGUUCAACGGCAGCGGCGGUUCAAAGCGCGAUAAAGAUCUACGCGCUGGCGUGGCCUUGUCGGCGCGUGCAUCUUUGCUCGGCCACAUCGACGCGCUUCGGGAGUUAGGCCAUUGCCUUCAAGACGGAUACGGCGUGCGGCAGAACGUCACCGAGGGGAGAAGGCUCCUCGUGCAGGCCAACGUGCGCGAGCUCGCGUAUGUCCUACGCGCCGUGGCGCCUCCUUCGCGCUGCUGCGACGAGUCCUCCUCGCUGCUGACGUGGGGCGCGCUGAGAUGUCAGAGAAAAAACAACAACGCGGUGUCAUCACUGGCGUGUCCGUUGCUGAGUGAUUACGGUUACAGCGUGGCGCCGCCGGAAGUGCAACCGGCGAAUUGGUUUCUGAGAGAGUGGUUUGAGUCAGGUAAGGGGAAAUUAGAAGAAGGACUGAGGCUUUGCGCGCACAUUGGGUGCGGUCGACCGGAGACGCGGCCACACGAGUUUCGCCGGUGUUCGGUUUGCGGCAAAGUGAAUUACUGUUCACGUGGAUGUCAGGCGCUGGAUUGGAAGUUGCGGCAUAAGAUUGAGUGUUCGCCGGUGGAAAUGUACGGUGAUGGUGGUGUUGAUGUGGAGAAUGAGUUUGUGGUCCCAAACGAUGCCGUUUGAAGAAGUGUUUCAGCCGACAGAAUCAAUUUCUAAGGUUGAAAAAUAAGAAAAUAGAGAGGAAAAGAAGCGAUUCUAUAAAUUAAAAAAAAAAUGUCAAUCAGUUGUAUGUACUUAUGUACAGAUGAGGUAGUAACUUUUAUAUAUAUGUAUAUAUAUUUAUGGACAACUAAGAUUAAAAGUUCUUUAUUCAAAAAUGGUUUCCGUGUUAA